AUGUCUAGCGACGAGAGCGAGGUCAUCAGCAGUGAGGUCAUCAGCGCCAAUCAUGGUGUAAGAAUUCAGGGUCUCCCCAGCCUAAGUCUCUGGAUGUUCCUUUGGCGACAGGUUGAGAUUGAUCCAGCCAACUAUGAGGUUAGGCCGAAAGCUCCUCCUCCGGUAAAGAUUGAUGGGAUACUCGCAAGAAUCGAUCCCGAACUCGAUGAGAUUAGGUACGGCGGGUGCCCAGGUGGACGCUCGGUUGCCAAUCUACAAGGCCUCGACGUAGGACUUAGCGGUAAGUUCCAAGUGCAGUUCCUGGAAGACAACCAAGCCACUGUCACCAUCGUGAGCAAAGGCGAUAGUGAGAAAAUGAGGCAUACUGGCACACUGAUCGCGAAACACUUCAACGUGGAAAACGUAGACAUCUUAGAGCAGGUAGCCGAUAUUUCCACGAAGUCCUUUGCCGAAAAAGCAAAGUGGGAUCACGCGCUAAGGCUAAUCAACCGCAAUCGCUGCCCCGAUGUUAGCCCAAAGGGGGGCAAGGAGUCGGACAGUCAUUUGGUGGCCAAGCCUACAAUUGCAGGCUUCACUUGGACGGCUUUUGACAUCAACCGUGCUAA